AUAUAUUCUUGACAAUUUUGACAAUACAUAUCGUGUUGUUAUUUGCUCUGAUUUUUUUUAACAUGUUGCAUAGCUAGUGCAAGUGUUUGUAGCGCUAUCUGGCAGCCGUAAUGCUAAAUACAAGCAAAGUGUCAAUUUCCGAAGAUUUAUUCACGUUGCAAAGAGGAUUCUUACGGUUUUUCACGAAUUUACUCGAGAAAUUUACUUCAAGAAUUUGUUUCAGGCAAAAGAUGCAUUUAUCAGGAAUCAGAUUACAUAUAAUAUUAAUAUGAUUGUGUAACAGAUGUUUGAAAAAAAAUUCGAAUAUUGAGUUAUUAAGUGCUAUUUAGACAUGAGCGUUAACAGUUUGUUUACGAGUCUGUUAUGUUUUGGGCGACAAUGCACGAAGCCUUCUGCUGUAGCACGAUGCUACGCUUCUGUUGCUGCAGAUCCAGUAGACAGAGGUGGCGUAAAACCAAAGACUGGCAUAUUAAUGUUAAACAUGGGUGGUCCUGCCAAUACCAGUCUGGUCCAUGAAUAUUUAUUAAGAAUAAUGACCGAUCGUGAUAUGAUUCAACUGCCAGUUCAAAGUAAAUUAGGUCCUUGGAUAGCCAAACGUCGUACGCCAGAAGUACAGAAAAAGUAUUCCGAGAUUGGUGGCGGAUCGCCUAUUCUACAAUGGACGAAUAAACAGGGCGAACUUUUAUGCAAGAAACUAGAUAAAAUUUCGCCUGAAACCGCACCUCAUAAAUAUUAUGUUGCCUUUCGGUACGCAGAUCCUCUCACGGAAGAUACUCUUGAGAGGAUACGCAACGAUGGAGUACAGCAUACUGUACUUUUUUCUCAGUAUCCUCAAUAUAGUUGUUCAACUUCGGGUUCCAGUUUUAAUGCUAUAUACAAUUAUUACAAGACUAGAGAGUCGCCAAGUGACAUGAAAUGGAGUAUAAUCGAUAGAUGGGCCACGCACCCGCUUCUUGUGAAAACAUUUGUCGAAAGGAUUAAAGAGGAACUUGCGCAAUUUUCUAGCGAAAAAAGAGACGACGUGAUAAUUUUAUUUUCAGCUCACUCUUUGCCUUUGCAGGUUGUAAACAGAGGAGAUUCUUAUCCUGCGGAAGUUGGAGCCACAGUCGCAUUAGUAAUGCAGGAAUUAAAUUACUGCAAUCCAUAUAGUUUGGUGUGGCAAUCAAAGGUUGGACCUACAGCUUGGCUAGGACCUUUUACCGAUGAAGCGUUAAAGGGUUACGUUAAGCAGGGCAAGAAAAAUUUUAUUCUGGUACCAAUUGCGUUUGUAAAUGAGCAUAUUGAAACCCUUCACGAAUUGGACAUAGAAUACUGCCGAGAUCUUGCCGAAGAACUUGGUAUCGAGAGGAUACGAAGGGCUGCCGCGCCUAAUGAUCAUCCUAUUUUCAUCGACGCUCUGACGGACAUUGUUGUGUCUCACCUUAAAUCAAAACAAUCUGUAAAUCCUAAAUUUUUAACGCGGUGUCCUCAUUGCGUAAAUUUAAGUUGCGAUGCCAGUAAAAAAUGGUACGCUACAAUUUGUAAAAAUUAAUAUUUGCGACAACGCACGCGCGAAAUCAUAAUUAUAAAUGUUAUAUUUUAAGUAUAAAUAAUGAUUAUUUGUGUAAUUUGUUAUAUCAAUUAUAUAGCUAUAUCAAUAAUGUUGUAUAUAAUAGUUUGUUAAUAAUUGAGUUUGAAAAUGAACAGCUCUAAUGCCUCUAAUGAAAUAUAUAUAUAUGUAUUAUAUUUGUGGAAACCGGUGCAAUAAUAUCGAAUAAAUUAUAA